ACAAAACACACCAUACCAUAUUUUGGUACAUAUAACAAAACCUUCAAGAUUGAAUUUGUAGAUUAAAGAAGAUACAGAAAGAAAAGAGGUUGAAAAAAUGGCCAACUUUGUUCUGCAACUCCAACUGCCAAACAGCCACUUGAGAAGCUUCUCUGUUUAUGCUUCAUCUAACGGGGCUCCUCCGGGUUCUGGUUCACAAAACGGGGGCCCUGUGGUUUUGGAGCUUCCACUUGAUAAGAUUAGGAGACCCCUAAUGCGCACCAGAGCAAAUGAUCCAAACAAAGUUCAGGAACUCAUGGACAGCAUUCGAGAAAUUGGACUUCAAAUACCUAUUGAUGUGCUUGAAGUUGAUGGAGUUUACUAUGGUUUCUCUGGUUGUCAUCGUUAUGAGGCUCACCAGCGCCUUGGGCUCCCAACAAUCCGUUGCAAAGUUCGACGAGGAACCAAAGAAACUCUCAGGCACCAUCUUCGCUGAGUGGUGGUAUAUGCUCUUAAAGUGCGUUCACAACUUCGAUUAUGAACUUCUCAGUUUGUUGCAAGUUCAAUAUAUGUAUAUUCUCAAUCACAGCCAAUAAAUCACAUCAACUUUAUCACAAAUGGGUAAUAGCUUGCUGAUGAGUUUAUCAUAACAUUAGUAGGACUAGUGAUAAAAAUAAUUUGGGCAAAUGAUACCGAUAAAUGAUGACGAAGUGGCCGGUGGUUCUAAUGAUGCAGUGGUAGUGUUAAUAGUGGUGGUCAAAACAUCAUUGCUCGGUUUAAGUCACAAACGUUAUUAUUAAUGGGAAUAACAAGUUAUUAGUAGUACCAGAGCAUUGACAGAGCUGCAUUGAUUUGUUUAGCGACUUUCAAAGUGCUAGCCAUUGAUAUCAGAAAACUAAUUCGUCAAAAUUGACAAAUCCGAUACAUCAGUUGGAUAAAUUUCACAGAAGGGGAUAUAUGGAGCUGACUGCCGGCUACAGGGGAUACUGAAAAAAGGUGCGAGGGGGCGAGGGAAGGACUCAGGAGUCUGCAUGACGAAAGUGAAGACCUAACCUGAUAUAAUCCAUGCCCAAAAAGAAUGUACUGUUACAUGGAAGCAAUUCGUUAUAUUUGAUUCCGCUCAUCCAGAGCAACUAUAAUUCAACGAAAUUGAAAAGAAAGGAGAGUAGCCAAUUCAAGAAAAAGGAAAAGCAAGAAGAGACAACUACCUCUAUGCCCCAAGGUGACAGAAACGGCAUAAGCUAACUUAUCAAUCCCAGCUUGUAGUGCCUCUCUGCAAUCUAUCCCGAAAGAUAUCCUCUUUGGACCUGCUCUCACCAUCAAACUUCUAACCAUCAGCGGUUUUCAUGGCAGCCCACUUGCUCUUCUACUCCCAUCAACGUUCUGCAGUGGUAGCCACAUAAUCAUACGAACGUAAACAUGCAUAGAUAAAAAAUAAAAAAAAAUAAAAAAAAAAAGAGAAGAGAAGGACUUACAGUUAGAGAGAAAAAUGCAAUUUGAGGGAUUUGUGAAAGUGAGGAUGAGACAGACAUAUCUCUCCAACUCUUUCGUGGGUCUUUAAGGUUUCAGAUUUUUAAUUAAUUGGAAAAGGCCACAAGCAUAGCAUAGGUGGUUAUAUACUUUUUAUAGGCUUAUGAAAUAAAAUUUUUUGUAAGAGCUUAAUUCUCAUGGUAUAUUUAAAAUUGGAAGAAAAGAAAAAGCUUUCAUUAAAUUUAAUUGAAAAUUAAAAUAUUUAAUUUAAUGUAUUGAAAGAAGAAAUUUGCUUAAAACAUUCUUUAAGAUUAUCAUAAGAACCGCUCAAAAUGGUUUAUUAGAAGAAAUAAUUAUCCACAAAACACUAUUUAUUGUGCAUUAUUAGUCUAAUACUAUUGUAAAAUUGCCUGGUCUUUUCUCAAAAAAGAAAGAAACAAACAAAAAGAAGGGUUAAGAGCUACCAUGGCAAAGACCAUAGCAACAUUAUGAACAUAAAAGAUGAGAAGGCAUGAAGCCCUCAACCAUUUCAUCAUCAAUCGUGGUUGGUGGAUACAACAUCAACUCGCCCAAAU